AUAAAUUGGACUCGCUGUCCGCAACACGCAAACUAAUGGAAGUAGAUCUAUUGUACGUUCUUGCCGCGGUUAGCGUAGUUGGAUUUGUGUACUAUUGGUUGACGAAAAAUAAAGGCUAUUUUCAUAACAAACCAAUCCCUUCGAUGGCUGUCAAGCCAAUUGUGGGCAGCGCCGCUGAUUUGUACCUUAAAAAGUGUUCCUUCUCGGAAUACAUCGAACGAGCGUAUAACAAGUUUGCUGGUGUGAAAGUUUUUGGCCUUUUUGACGCCAAUAUCCCAAUGUUUGUGAUUCGUGAACCGGAACUGAUCAAGCGAAUCGGCGUGAAAGACUUCGAGCACUUUAUGGAUCAUCGACCGAUUUUCGGAACGGAUACCGACCAUCCCGAUAUCCUGUUCCCAAAAAGCCUGUUCGCGUUGACGGACCAAAAGUGGAAGAACAUGCGUGCGACACUGAGUCCGGCCUUUACUGGUUCCAAGAUGCGGCAGAUGUUCGAUCUGGUCGUUGAGUGCAGCGAGAACAUGGUCAAGUUCUACCAGAACGAAGUUCGGACCAAGGGCGGAUCGCAGGAGUACGAAAUGAAGGAUGUAUUUUCGCGAUUCACGAAUGAUGUGAUUGCGACGUGUGCCUUUGGUAUCAAGGUGGACUCGUCGAGGGAUCAAGAUAACGAGUUUUAUCAGCAGGGCAAGCGAAUGAUGCAGUUUGGAAGAUUUAAUGUGAUAUUACGCACUUUUGGAUACCGGUUCGUUCCAUCAAUGAUGGAUAAGCUCGGGAUUGAUAUUAUAGACAAGGAACAAAAUACGUACUUUGCUACGUUGAUCAGAGAUGCAGUAAAAACAAGGGAGUCCCACGGAAUUGUCCGGCCAGAUAUGGUAAAUCUUCUGAUUGAAGCUAGAAAGGGUACGUUGAAGUAUCAACAUGAAAACGAACAAAACGAAGGAUUCGCCACGGUAUUGGAAUCCGAUGUGGGUAAAGCUCAAGUCAUGAAGUCCAUGAGUGAAAGUGAAAUGAUUGCGCAAUGCUUGAUCUUCUUCCUGGCCGGAUUCGACACAGUGUCCACCUGUCUAACGUUCCUAGCGUAUGAGCUAACAAUGAAUCCAGAAGCGCAGAACAAACUCUACGAAGAAAUAAUGGAAAUGAAACGUUCCCUUAACGGAAAAUCUCUCACCUAUGACGCGCUCCAAAAAAUGAAAUACAUGGACAUGGCCGUUACGGAAUCGCUCCGGAUGUGGCCACCGGUUCCCGCAGUGGAUCGACUUUGCGUGCGCGACUACGUGCUCGACGAUGGAGAGGGAUUGAAGUUUACAAUCGAAAAGGGAACGGGAGUAUGGUUCCCGGUGCACGGGUUGCAUCACGAUCCCAAGUUCUACCCAAACCCCAAAAAGUUUACCCCGGAACGGUUCAGUGACGAGAACAAGGCGAGCAUAAAUCCUGAUGCUUACUUGCCGUUUGGAGUCGGCCCACGGAACUGUAUUGGAUCGAGAUUUGCCCUGAUGGAGGUUAAGGCAAUCGUGUACUACAUGUUGAUGAACUUUAGCUUCGAAAAGACGUCGAACACGCAAGUUCCACUGCAGCUCAAAACAGGACUUUCCAUGAGUCCUGAGAAGGGAGUUUAUGUGAACUUUAAACCACGAAAAGUUUAAUCAAAGAGAGGAAAUAAAAUGUUGCGUAGCGUUAGGUCGGGUUGUGAACAAACUUGACAUACCUGAAUAGUCAUUUCCAUAGCGUAAGAAAUCUUUUGAAUAAUCUGAAAAUAAACAAAUAAAACUUGUAAAUCAA